AUGCGCCGUGAGCAGCUGAGCCAGGCUCAGGCGGAUGUCGAGCGCUGCACAGCGCUGGUCGCAGCAGCUCGCCGCGACCUGCAGGCAGCCCGAGAACGACAGAAGAGCCUCGAGGCCGAGAUCGAGGAGCUCCAGCAGCAGCGCCAGGAGUCUGCUGAGGACUGGGUGAAGCAGCAGCCCUGGACCAAGAAGCUACGGCGGCUUUGUGAGCAGACUUUCGGUGUGACCACUUUCCGCAGGAACCAGGAGGAGGCUUUGAAUGCCAUCCUUGCGGGCCGGGAUGUGUUUUUGGUGGCACCGACUGGCGCCGGCAAGUCCUUGUGCUUUCAA